AUGCCUAGACAAGAACGUGCCGAAAGCAUCACUAACGGUCAGCUCGCCGAGAACGUCACUUCGGCCCCAAUCAGUCGUACGCAGUCUUUACCAACUGCACGAUUCCGUCCCAAUGCUGCAACUCCUGCAAGAGCCGUGGAUGAUAUCACUGGGUACCGCCGCAAAUCAUGGUUCCGAAACCUCGGUCACAAGCUCGGGUUUGAGCGAGAUAGGCAUGCAUCUCCCUCCUCGCCCCCGCCGCCUACACUUGACCCGCCGGGCAAACCAAGACCCAUCGAGAAAAGUUCGUCUGUGCAGGAAGAUUUCCUAAAGUUCAAAAAUCCCUUCGAUGCGGCAAAUAGUGACAUCCUGGUUCCUGCAUCCCCAGAGUCGUCCACUGGCAGUUUCAAGGACAGGUUCAGGCGCCUUUCCAAAACUUCAACCGAACACCGUGACCGCAGAGCCUCCAGCAGCGCCAGCGCUUGUGUUGAUAAAACCUUUGCCAAACGUGGAUCGAUCACGAGCAUGAGUAAAUCCAGUACAACCUGUCCGGUCCCAGAGCUCGCUCCACUCAUGAUCAAACACGUGGGGUUCUCGGCACAGGUGUUUUCAAAAGACCCCCCUCAAAUCAUCCCUCCUUUGAACCCUCAUCAGGGCAAUGUCGAGUUCCUUCCCGACGGCAAACUUGUCGUAACGCCGUCUGAACGCUUCCAAGAGUUGGGGCUUUGUCGCUACUUGGAUUCCAAUCAUAGCGAGGUCGCUCAAAAGGCAACAAUUCAAGCGGCUGAUAAUGCAUCUCGACUGCACGGCCAGCUCACUGGUAAGACUCGCGGCGGCUUUUUCAGUAAAGUCACUGGUGAAAACCAAACCAUGCAUAAAGCAGAAGAAUCAGAAUGGGACCGUGAGCUGCUGGAUGCGACAGUAAAAUGUCCAGUCCCCAAUAACCCUCGAAAUAGCAGCUAUGGUGCGGGAGAAAAACUCGCAUCAUCAGACGAGGAAGAAGAAGUCAAAUCGGAUGCUGAUGAACAGGAUUUGUCUCCUGAGAAAAUCUACACACGUUGUUGUCAUUUACGAGAGAUUAUGCCCAUCAAAAGUAUGUUGCGACAACUGAAGGAUGCCCGCGCUCCGAUCACAAGCCUGCGAAUCUGCAAUACCAAGCCUACUAUGAUUGAGAUUCUUGCGUUCAGUGAUUUUGUUACUAUUGUGCCAGUGAUAAGCGUCAACUUACAGAAUCUCGUGAUCACCAGUGAAAUGUUACGCAUCAUUUUGUGUGGACUUGAGCGGUCCAAGAAGCUUGGUAGGAUCAAUCUCAGCAAUACAAAACUUGAUGAGCUUGGAUGGAAAUACCUCUGUGUGUUUAUGCUUCGUACCACGUCCCUCACUGCUCUCAGUCUGGAGGUUGAUUUUUCAGAAAAAAAAUCGAGUAUCCCAGAGUUUAAUCGCCGUGAUAUGGACUGGUCUUUGUUCGACAGAGUCCUCAAAGCUCGUCCGGGAGUCGAACUCAUGGAUCUUGAGGGCACCAAGAUUCCCACAAAAUAUCUCAAGCUACUUCUGGAAGAUGGGUUUAAGAACGGACGUGCUCUCAGUGUGUCCCGCAACAACUUGACCCAUGACGAUAUAGCAGCCAUCAGGGCCUGGGCUGCCGCCGAGGGUUCCCGAGUCGAAGGAUUGGAUCUCAGCCAUAACGAUUUAAGCCAAGAGUGGGAUACAGUGCGCGAUUUGCUGUAUAACCCACAGAUUGCGCGGUUGGAACUGAAUGGUACGAAAUUGAACCGCCCUGCCACGGGCAAUCCAUUCGCAACAAAGCUGAUUAGCCAGCGACUCGAAAGCCUUGAUCUCAGCGACAACCCCCAGAUGUUCCCUAGGGAUCUGCCCCACCUCGUUGAGUCACUGCCUGCCUUCCGGCAUUUGACGCGCCUCAGUCUUAACCGGUGUGGCAUUACGCACGAUGUGAUGGUUUCACUUUGCGAAGCAAUCUCACAUUGUCACAAACUAUCGUAUCUUUCGUUGAAGGAUAACGGAUCGUGGACAGAGACUAGCGCAGCGGCUCUGUGUGUAGCUGUGCGAAUGAGUCGCAGUCUAGUUACCGUGGAGGCCGAUUUCAAUGACUGGUCAGAGCCUCAUCGGGGCAAGCUCACAAAGUACUGCAUCGAAAACCUCGAACGGAGUACUUCAGGGGCUCUCAAUGGCCAGAUAGAAGAGACGUUUACGGGAGAAAAGGAUGUCGAUGAGUUCAAGCGGGAUAUCAAUUCAUUGACUCUGCACCUGCGGGAGAACCCCAAAAUGAAUGUUGAUCAAAAGUCUAUCGACAGGGUCGUAUCUCUACGCACCAAAGUGCGCGAACAGUUGGCUCAGUUGUUGGAGAAAAAAACUUACAACACCUUGACAGUGUCGGAGCGCGAGAAACUUAUCAGCCUGUAUUACUACGAUGGAUCACUUGACCGGUUGAUCAAGGAAUGUGCUGUUUACUCUGGCCUAGUUCGUGAAGAGGACGACAAGACAGGAGACGACCUGGUCACUCCGGUCGAUUCACUCCGGCCAUCGUUAAGUCGUCGGUCAUCGGUGUCCUCGCUGCUGAGUCUCAAAAAGCAGGAACAUGAAGAGGGUGAGUUCCAUAAAAUCAACACCUUCCUGGCCCAGAACCCGGAUAUUCUGAACGAAAAGGACCUCGAUCUUACUGGCGAAACCCUUCGCAAGGCCCUGAUAGAAAAAAGCAGUGGCCAUGCGGAAACACUCCUCUCCCAGCUGCAGAAGCUGCAUGCGCUAGAUCUCGAGAAGAUCUUGGACUAA